AUGCAUAAUAAUGGCUCAAGUAAAAAACCAAAAAUCCAGAUGAACUGGUCUAAAAGAGCCAUUAUAGAAACACCCAUAUUCAGAAAAAGUAUUCCACUGAAAAGGUUUUUGCAAAUCACUAAAUUUCUCCACUUUGCAAAUAAUGAAGAGACUGACAACAGGGAUAAAUUACGUAAAGUGAGACCUGUAAUAAACUAUUUAAAUGAAAAAUUCAAAGAAGUAUAUGUAAUGGAAGAGAAUAUCACGAUCGAUGAAUCGUUGAUGAAAUUUAAAGGAUGCAUGUCUUGUAAACAAUUUAAUCUCUCGAAAAGGGCGAGAUUUAGGAUUCAAUUUUAUAAACUGUGCGAAUUAGCAUCGGGUUACUGCUAUAAUUUUAAGAAAUAUACAGGAAACGACAAAAUAAAUCAUGAUUACAGUGCAUCUGAAACUGUUAUAAUGGAGUUAUUAAGAUCAAUACCAAAUAAAGGACAUAUUUUAUAUGUAGACAACUGGUAUUCUUCGUCGAAACUGUUUUUUACUUUGGUUAAAAAUGGAAUAAAUGUUCUUGGGACAGUACGUUGCAAUAGAAAAAAUAUGUCGAGAGAUUUUGUUAAAGCAAAAUUAAAAAAAGGGGAAUACAUAAUAAGAAGCUGUAAUGGCAUACUAGCGUUGAGGUGGAAGGACAAGCGAGACGUCUAUAUUAUUUCUACAAAACACGAAAGUGCAGAAAUGAUUGCUCAAAACCAAAGUCACCUAAGUCCUACUUUCAAACCAAGCAAGUAUAGACUUCGAAUAGCUGAAGGAUUAUUACAAACCGUGCCAUCGCAAGAUUAUAACAGACGAGGACCAUUAUCGAACGGAAAUAUACCAAUGAGACUACAGGCGCAACUAUUGGGGUUACUUUCCGAAACAUAUAAAUCCCACGCCAUUGAAAAAAAACCGAACGAGAGCUUGCAAAGUAUGUUCGAAACAUAA